AUGUGCUUUUCGGGCGUCUCGCUUUACAAUGCGAUGACAUCCCUCCAUUCUCCUCUCUGGGAUUGUCCAUACUUCACGCUUGAACGCAUCUCAAAGUUGGCGCAGUUUACGAGUUAUCCUCUCUUGCUUCGCGUGAGGACGGGCGAAGGAGGAGGUCUCGUGGACUUCGACAAACUGAAGGUUGUACUAAAGCCAAACGGCUACAGUACAACGCGAAUCAGCCGUAUCUUCUGUAUCCUCUCUGAUGGCGCUUUUAUAGACCAUUAUUCCAAGCAGAAGCUGGAAGGAUUUCCCUUUCCAUCGAUGCUCCGGCCUCGCGUGGCGGAUUGCUUCAACACAACUCCAGCACACAAUGACAGGGUCUGUUGGCAGGCCGGAGCGUUACAGCUCUCAUACACUUUGGACUCGUUAGUACCUCGAGCCCCUCACUUUGAGCACGCAAAUGUGGUUUCCCACAUGCUCUCCCUUGGUUUGGGACAGUUCAGAAUGGACCUCUUCAAGCCUCCCCUUGGUUGGGUGAAUAAUCUCUCUCGCCCUCUUGCUCUCUUUCUCACCUCACAUGUGCAUUGUCACUCUCUCGUUGCUUUGUGUGAGUGCCUUCUCUGCGCCCAUAUGAUAUUGUCUUUGGCGGGGCCUUGGUUUCAUCUGUCAGUUGGUCACACAUUCGACUUCAAAAUCACUGCCACCCUCUUCCUCAACUCUGUCGCUUUCUCUGCUGGAGCCGUGUUGAGCCUACAGGCACCAGCAUUCAUGCGGAGCCCUCAAGUGGAAACUUGUCUAUUCUAUCCUCUGGAGGGCUUUCGUUGAUCGUACUCCACUGACGGCAACAGGACCCGCGAAUUUCCCUUCCGUCCAUCGUUAGACCUCUCCGAGGGCCUAUUGCCUCAAGUUACCGCUGGCUCGCAGAUGAACUCACCAUCAUCUUUCGCCUCAGCCAUCGGUUCUGGCCCACUCUCCGACCACUCAAACCUCGUGUUUGCCACAACCUGUGACUGCUGGCCGACUCACCUCGAGGCCGGUCAUCUGUUGGCCUGCAUCUCGAAUGGCAAGAAAGAGAGUUUGGAGAUCGAGCCCACUUUUGCACCACCUACAGGCAGGGUUGGGUCAGGUCGAAUGGUCAACGGCAAAAGGGCGAAGCUGCCAGCAGACGGUAUCGGUUGGAAGGUCGGAUUGGACAACGGCCAGAUUGGACGGCAUCUUUCCGAGACGGUUGUGAGGGCUCAAUUUCUCGGCCAUCGAAGUUACGACGACCAGACGGACAAACUCAUUAGCAUUCUCUACACUCCAUCUGUUGCCGGGAUCGACCUCGUCUGGGUGUGUGGAGUAGACCCGGUCGAGGUCAAACCAGAAUUCAAAUCAGGCUGGUGA